AUGAGGGACCUGAUGCUCUCCCACGUGCACAUGCUGAAACGGGACAGGCUUGCUUGGGAACACUUCUGGAGCUUGGACAAGACAACAAACAAGAUUCCACCGCAGCUUAUCUUCCAGAUCUGGGACAAUGACAAGUUCUCUUUUGAUGACUAUUUGGGCUCCAUUCAAAUGGAUCUCAACAAGAUGCCCAAACCUGCCAAGACUGCUGAGAAGUGCUCCUUAGAGCUAGUAGAUGAGACCCUGUCUUCAAGUCGCUUUGUGUCACUCUUUGAGCAGAAAACUGUCAAGGGAUGGUGGCCCUGUGUUGCUGAGCAGGACCAAAAGAAGAUCCUGGCGGGCAAACUGGAAAUGACUUUGGAAAUUGUGGCAGAACAAGAGCAUGAAGAACGGCCAGCUGGCAUGGGUCGGGAUGAGCCAAAUAUGAACCCUAAGCUGGAGGACCCCAAGCGCCCGGAGACCUCCUUCCUGUGGUUCACCUCCCCGUACAAGACCCUGAAGUACAUCCUGUGGCGGCGGUACAAGUGGGUGGUUAUCCUGGCCAUCGUGCUCUUCAUUUUGCUGCUCUUCCUGGGGAUCUUCAUCUACGCCUUCCCGACAUGCCUAAGCAAGACAGUACAAACCAGACUGCGGCGUAAGCUGCGGAACUCCCUGCACGAAGGAGGCGACGACCUGCGCCUUGGGGAGCUUUCUGCUCUGCAAACAGAUUGUUAUGAGACGUAUCCUGCAG